GCUAAAAUGAUUGGAAAUGUUUAAUGUGUUGCAUGGAAACUUCAUAGAAAAAAAAAAAAAAGAGUAAAUCGAUAUGUACAGAAACAAUUCGUUAAUUCUACAAAGGUUUCUGUUUUAUGUAACCCAAAAUUCUAGUCCUUUGAUACCAGGAAAAAGAAGAAAAAACAACCCAGAAAAGAUUUCAAGAAGAAAAAGAAAAUGGCAGAUACAGUUAUUGGUGUCACUAUAAAACUUGUACUGGAGAAGGUGAUUUCUCUUGCCACCAAUAGGGUGGGUUUGAUGUUAGGAUUCAAGAAGGAUUUGGAAGCCCUGCGGAAAUCAGCUGCCUUGAUCCAAGCUGUGUUGGAUGAUGCAGAGACUAAGCAGGAUGACAGCCAGAUUGUUCGAAUUUGGGUGGAGGAAGUUGAAAAGCUGGCUUUUGAUGCUACUCAUGUUUUGGAAGAGCUCAACUAUGAGAUUCUUGGUCGAAAAGUAAGAUCCAUGAACAACCCGAAUCGAUGGAAGGUACGUUUAAUGUUAUCCGCUUUCACACAUGAUCAUUCUCUUUGUUGGAAGAUUGGGUCUAAGAUUAGGGAGAUCAAUGACAAGUUAGCAGGCUUCAGUAAGGAAGCUAAUGAGAUUGGAUUAAUUAGAAUUGCAGCGGCUUCGAUAUUGAUCCCUGCUGCUAAUUCUUCUGUUGCUGGAUUCUCUAUGAAUCGAGAAAGCAACUCGCUUGUUCCACAGUUUGUUGUAGGAAGAGCUAAAGAAGAAUCUGAGAUUUUAUCCAUAUUGUUAGGCUGCUCUGACAGAAAAGUUGUUUCUGUUCUUCCCAUAGUUGGUAUGGCCGGAUUAGGGAAAACAACAUUGGUGAAAUCAGUUUACAACCACCAACAGAUCAAUAGUCAUUUUUCGAAAAAAAUUUGGAUCUGCGUGUCCGAAAAUUUUGAGGUCACAGAGUUGUUCAAAUUGAUCUUAGAGUCUUUGUGGGAAGAGGAGGUAGCAUUGUCUAGUCAAGAUGUUAUAGUUCAACACAUCCGGAAAGAGUUUCGUGGCAAAAGGUUUCUCUUAGUUCUUGACGAUGUUUGGAAUGAGAAUCCGGAAUUGUGGGAUUCAUUUCUUGUUUCCUUGGAGGGACUAAGCUCCACCAAUGGAAGUUGUUGUCUUUUGACUACUCGUCUUCUGACAACAGCAAGGAUUGUGUCUGAUCACGAACCGUAUUCUCUAGGAAAGUUAACAGAUGAUGCUUGUUGGUCCAUUAUUACACGAAAAGCGACUAAUGGUGGAACUAUGCCAGCGGAGUCCAAUGUUCUUAGAGACCAAAUCUUGAACAGGUGUCAAGGUCUACCUCUGGCUGCAAAUGCCAUAGGAGGGUUGUUGAAUUUGCAGAGAAAAGAGGAUUGGUUUCCUAUCAUUGAAAAAAAGAUUUUGAGGUUUACCAAAGGUCAUGAAGGUGGCGAUGGUGUUAUGCAAAUUCUCAAGUUGAGCUUCGACCAUUUACCAUUCAUAGCCAUUAAGAAAUGUUUUGCUUAUCUUUCAAUCUUUCCCAAGGAUGAAGAAAUGAAGGGAGAUGAACUGAUUCAACUUUGGAUGGCAGAGGGCUUUCUUUAUCAACCCAAUGUUGAGCAGGGAGGUUUACUAACGAUGGAAGAAGUAGGCGAAAAGUAUCUCAGAAUUUUAGUGCAAAGUUCCUUGUUGGAAGAAAGUUUUGGUUACGAGGGGCACCGGUAUAUAUUGCACGAUCUUGUUCAUGACCUAGCAGAAAUAGUUUCAAAGACAGAAAGAUCUGAAACAAGUAAUGGUGUGAUCAUGAUAAACCAUAAUCAGGGGAGAUACCUUGCAUUAGUCUCAUCCAAAGAAGAGAAGGAGAAUGUCUUGAAUAAUCCGCAGUUUGUUCGGACCUUAUUGACAAAUGGUAGCAUAUCACCCAAAAUGUUAGCAAAGUUUACGUACCUACACGUGCUAAAAUUUUGCAGUGAAGAAAUAGAGAAUUACUUCCCCUCCAUUAGCAAAUUGAAACAUUUAUGCUAUCUUGACCUUUCAGAUUGUAGCAUCAAGGUUUUGCCUGAAUCUCUUUGCAAGCUUUAUAAUUUGCAAACGUUAAGGCUACCUGAUUGCUAUCUAACUCUGCCGCGAAAGCUGAACAAUCUGAUCAAUUUGAGGCAUCUUUACUAUUUCAAUGUCGAUGAGGAAUUCCAAAUGCCAGAAGAGUUGGGACGGCUGACUUGUCUUCAGACGCUAGAGUUCUUCAACAUAGGAAAAGGUAACGGUUUUGGAAUAGAAGAACUCGGUUACAUGAAUGAACUCAAAGGUUGUCUGGUGAUACGCAAUCUUGAUUUAGUGAAAGGAGAACAAGGAGCGAAACUAGCGAAUUUGUCAGAAAAGCGAAACCUGAGGAGGUUAGAUUUGCAUUGGGGAAUCAUAAAUCACCAUGGAACUGGCGAUGAGAAUGUGUUGGAAGGCCUCACACCUCAUCCAAAUUUACAAGAGCUGAUUAUUUUCCGUUUUAUGGGUAGUCUGUUCCCUGAAUGGCUUGGAAAGUUGCCAAUGUUAGUCAGAUUGGAGUUAUUAGAUUGCGAGAAUUGCACUCAUCUCUCAGGACUUGAACAUCUGCCAUGUCUAGAAACUCUUACAUUAACCCGAAUGAAGAACUUGACUGAAUGGAACAACGGAGAAGCUAGCAAUGAUGAUGUUGUUCAGUAUCCCCAGCUCAAAAACUUGCAUAUAAAUGAUUGUUGCCGACUGAUUACCACUCCAACUCACUUCCCAAGUCUUCAUUCCUUGUGCAUACAUGAAAAUGUGCAGUCUCUGGUGGUUAAAAAUAUACUUACAAGCGAAGCGCGCAACACUUUGGAGCAUUUCUCAAUAGAUGUUUUGGACGGAAUAAGUAGUCUCUCUGAUGUGGUUGGGGUACCUCACCAAAACCAACUCUAUACAAAUCAUCUCACCUCCCUCAAAUCCCUUGAGAUUCGAAGCUGCACAGGUUUGAGCAUUAUACCAAGUUACACACUACAAGGUUGUAAAUCUCUUGAGAAUGUUCUUGUAUAUAAUUGUCCACAUCUGGUGUCCUGCUCACUUGAUUUGCAUCAACUUCCUUCUCUGUCAACACUUGAGUUCAUUCAUUGCCGGAAAUUGUUCAUUCAAAAUGAUGUCCCAGAGGAUUUAGUCACCUCAAACACUUAACCAGCUUGUGCAUUGGUCCUUUCUCAGAUGAUUCAAUUGAUCUGUUUGAUUGGCCUGGAUUGUUAUCUUGUUCAUCCACCCUCAGGCAUCUAGCGGUAUCUGGGUCGUCUCAAAUGCAGACUCUGCCAGAUCAGCUCCAGGGCUUCAGUUUCUUAAAAUAUUUAAAUCUCGAGGGCUUCGGAUCUUUGGAAAGUUUACCUGAGUGGUUGGGAAACCUGGUGUCUCUGGAAACACUCUUUCUUAGAAGCUUUCCAAAGCUUCGAUUCUUACCCUCAUUGAAUGUUAUGGGACGUCUGGUUGCAUUAAGAUCAAUGUGGAUUACUGAUUGCCCUCUUCUAAAAGAAACAGCCAAGCGCGAUUUCGGCCGUCCCAAUUCAGACUGGUCAAGCAUUGCUUCUGAACUUCCUAAUCUCCUAGUUCGUAUUGAUGGUUCCCUCACCACCGAGUAAAGGUUUUCAGUUUCAGCUGUGGAUGAUUUUUCCAUUUUAACUUUCACUUCUUUGAUGGUGUUUUUUUCACUUCCAAUGUUUCCUUCUUGCAAACAUUAGUGAAUACUAUUAUGCUGGCGAGUAUAAUACUAUUUAAG